AUGACCACCCCAUCUCUGGAAGGGCAGGAACCUGCAUCGCAUCAUUCCGGAAUUCCACCAUCGAGGCAUGAUAAUGGUCUAGGCUCCGCACAGACUGCGCAAGAUGAAUACGUCUACAUUGCCGAUGGCUACCACUUGAUUCGGCGGAUCCUCUUCAUCAUGACGGUGUGUUCGUCCAUGUUCACCAAUCAAAUGGGCCUAUGCAACAGCCUCACGACGCUCGAAAUAAUCGGGGACUCCUUUGGCGUCACCGAGCCUGGUAAACUCUCGUGGACGAUCGCUGGCUACAGCCUGACUCUAGGCACAUUCAUCUUGAUCGGAGGACGCUUGGGGGACGAGUUUGGCAGCAAGGCAAUCUUCAUCAUCGGGAUGGGCUGGCUUGCUUUGACCAGCAUGAUGGCAGGAGCCUCUGUCUACGCCAGCUACCCCGUCUACAUCCUUGCUCGUGUCCUGCAGGGCCUCGGUCCCGCCUUAACUGUGCCCAAUGCACUCGCCAUCAUGGGCAAAUGCUUCUCCCAGGGCCCUCGAAACAUGGGGUUCGCAUGGUUUGCUGCAUCAGCUCCAGUCGGUGCGAUGGCAGGUCUCCUCUUCGGGCCCCUCUUCGCCAUGGCGUGGUGGCCAUGGAUCUACUGGAGUCAGGCUUUGGGGGUUGCCUUUCUCUUCGUCCUCGCCAUCGUGGCAAUUCCAAACAUGCCUGUCGAGGGUGAGCAACAACAGCGACGAACGAUUCGCGAAACCUUGGACCGCGUUGAUCUCCUGGGAGGUGCAAGCGGUGUGACCGCUCUGGUUCUGUUCAACUUCGCCUGGAAUCAGAGCCUGGUCACUACCUGGGACGAGCCUUACGUCUACGUAUGCCUGAUCCUCAGUUUCGUGUUCCUGGCGGCGUUCUUCUACAUCGAACUUCGCCUAGCUCGCUAUCCAAUCCUACCUGUCGACGUCCUUACUUCCGACAUCGCCUUCGCCUUGGGCUGUACCGCAGCGGGCUGGUCGACAUUUGGCAUCUGGCUUUUCUACGUCCUCCGAAUAUGCCUCAAUAUCGGUGGCCAGACUCCCAUUCAACUGGCUGCCUGGCUUUCUCCUAUCCUCGUCACCGGCAUAUCAACAGCAUUGGUCGUUGGCAAAAUAAUCAACAAGGUUCCAGCCUCGUCCAUCAUGUUGUUUGCCAUGCUUUGCUACUUCCUCACUUCCCUUCUCAUGGCCUUGCGACCCGUGCACUCGACGUACUGGACCUACUUCUUUUUCGCCACCCUCAUCGCCACCUUUGCAAUGGAUUCAUCGUUGCCUGCUGCCACGAUCAUGUUCUCGAACGCAGUGCCUCGUCAGUACCAGGGCAUGGGAUCCAGUGUGAUCAUGACGAUUGUUGUCUACAGUAUAUCGCUGGGUCUUGGUUUCGCGGGGACCAUUGAACUUCAGAUCAACAAUGGCGGACACACCAAGGCCGAAUUGCUUCAUGGUUACCGGGGGACGCUCUGGUUUUCUGUCGGGUUGACGGCAUUCGGCACUGUUCUCGCCCUUAUCUUUCUGCUCAAAGAUCAUCGAAGACGAAGGUUGGCCAGGAAUCAACAGGAAGAGGAAAAGGCUGAUUCAACGGAGGCUUGA